GUUAUGUGAAAACGCCACAUUGUGCAACAUUGUUUCUUUUCCUCAGGAUCGGAUCCCGUUUUACUCACUAGGUAACUCCGACCCGGUUAACCUAUGAACUCAGUCAGUUUAACACGUGCAAUGGCACACAUGCGCCUUUUCUUCGCCGUUUUAAAUAGUUUACGUUCAAAAAGGCUGCAGGCUUCCUCGGGUUCUAUCUGCGUCGAACGGGGCCAAACGUUUGCAAACAAAUGCCCAACUCGAGGGGGUCGUGAACCGCAUCGAAGGCUGUUAAACGGGGGUCUGCGUGGCGCGUGUUCUGCGGGGUUUUGGAUGCACACCAGAUACGUCACCAGAACCCCUUUUCUCGUGGGGGGUGAAAACGUCCAUGCAGCUACUCAAAGACUCUUCCUACUUUACUCGUAACAGGCGGAUUUCAACUUUCCCAGACGAGAGGGAGCGGACUCUCAUUGCUAUAAAGCCGGAUGGAGUCCAACGUCGCCUUGUCGGACAGAUAAUGCAGCGCUUUGAACAGCGGGGCUUCAAGCUGGUCGGCCUGAAAAUGUUGCAGGUGUCUGAGGAUCUUCUGUCUCAGCACUACUGUGAAUUGAGGACUAAGCCCUUCUACCCCAGUCUGCUGGAUUACAUGAGCUCAGGGCCCGUUGUUGUCAUGGUGUGGGAAGGUCACAAGGUGGUCCAGACGUCUCGUACAAUGGUGGGACACACCAACCCAGCGGAGGCCCAGGCAGGCACCGUCAGAGGAGAUUUCAGCUUUCAUGUCAGCAGGAAUGUGGUUCAUGCCAGCGAUUCACCUGAAGGGGCUCAGAGGGAGAUCCAGCUGUGGUUCCAGAGUAAAGAACUCCUGAAGUGGGAGUGCUGUGACCAGACCAUCACCUGUGAAGAUGCUAAGGCCUGAAGUCUAUGGCUCAGACACGACAAUGAGAAUCCGUAACGGUACCUCUGCUCCUGCUGCUCAGGGGUCUGCCUAUCAAAUAAUUUACCUCAGUUAGUGCACUUAAAGUCACAAAGAUUAUAUUAUAUUGGAACAAAUGUGACACGUUUUUUUUGUUGUUUUAUAAAUCAAAAUAUAUUAAUAGCUGCAUGCAAAUGGGGACCUGCAACGUUUGUCCUUUGGUGUCAGGAUGAGAUGUAUUUUAUCACUACGUGCAAAACAUCGAGGUGUUGUGUGGAGCUACAGUGGAUGAACUUAAAUAAAUAUGAAUGCCGGAUGGAUGAAUUGUUUUACAGUUUUGUCAUACAGUUUUACAAUUUACAGCUGAUUAUUUAUAUAUAUAUAUAUAUAUAAAUAAAUUAUACACACACAAUAUUGUUAAGUAAUAGUUCUACCUCCUGUCUAAAAGAAAUAAGUCCAAUAACAUGAGUGAGAAGCUCUAAACUGGAAAUUGUUAAUGAUUCAAAUAAUCAAUGUUGGCACUAGAACAUUCAACUUCUGGUCAAUGUUGCUUUGAAAAUGUUGCUGUCGGUUAAUAAAUGUACUAAAAAAAACAUGG